ACCCAACGGAAUUCACUGAAAAAGAUCUGAUCCUUAGAUUCUGAAAGAGACCUCCGAGAUUCUUCCUAUCAUCACCAGUGUCCCGGGUUGUCCGACUUAACCAAUGAAUUGAACCUUUCUAAGCGAACAGACAACACUUUUUGCACAAUGGAGCAAGGAUUUAAUAACUCAGGAGAUCAUGGUCAUAGAGAUCCUGGCAUCUAUCACAUUUGGCGUGAAUACUCUGAUGGGAUAAAUGCAGAAGAUGAACUCAUUCUGAAUACUCUUAAACCUGUUGUGAGUGAUCCCAAACUUGUGGGAAAUGCUUCCAAUAUUACCGGAAUACCAGAAAUUUAUCCUUAUCCAUAUGAGCAACUCUCCAAUAAUUUAACACGAAACCUUUAUAAUGGCGUCAUUGCCUUUAUUUGCAUUUUAGGCCUGGUGGGAAACGGAAGGACAAUUUAUCUCCUGGCCUAUUCCAUUAAAAGGAAUCCUUUCACCACUUUCAUCCUGAAUCUCUCCAUCGCUGAUUUUGGGGUCCUCGCAUCCCUCAUUAUUGCAGCAAUCUUUGUGACGGUGUUGUCCCUGGGUCAAAGAACGUACGUUGUCAAAACUUUUUUCUUCUUAUUUUUCGAGCUGUUUUCCUUCACUUAUUCCGCCAGCCAGUUUCUGCUGACGGCCAUCAGCCUGGACCGGUGCGUGGCUGUCCUUUUCCCUCUCUGGCAUCGCUGCCAUCGUCCCCCAAAUCUGUCCACCCUUGUUUGUAGCUUCAUCUGGAUCCUCUCCUUCCUACUCUCUGCAGUGCACUUCAUUCUGUAUCAAACCAAGAGCUUUGGAAGUUCUCGUUUUCUUUACCAGCUGAUUGUGAAUGGUUUACUUUGUACGCCUCUCAUGGUUGUGUCCACUGUGACUCUCUUGAUUCAUAUGAGGACUAAAAUGCAACGCAAUCAAAGGAAACUUCUCAUCACUAUCUUUCUGGCUCUCCUCUUCUUCCUCCUGUUUUCUCUCCCAAUGGAUGUCUUUUAUGUCAUUGAAUAUUUUGGUUCCUAUAAUCCCCUCCUCAUGACCGUUGGGAUAGGAUGUACGGCUCUCAACAGCAGCAUCAACCCACUCCUUUAUUUCUUAGUGGGGAGGAAGAAGAGGGGCAAAGAUCAGCCCAGAGCAUCUUACAAGGUUGCUCUGCAAAGAGUCUUCAAGGAUGAGAAGGGAAGCACGGAAGAUCCGGAAACUAUGGAGGAUGACCAGUUGUGAAGACCCACCAUCAUGCUUUAUUCAUUUUCUAAACCUUAAAUAAUAUCUGGAUUCCAGGAGAACGUACAAAAUUGAUGGAAUCUGCCAAGCAAAGUAGCUAAUCCAAAAACAACGUAAAUAGAAAAAUACUGGUGUAUAUGUAAUUUUGAAAGUGAAACAUGACAAAAAAAUAAAAUAUUUUUUUU